AUGUCGCUCAAUCGACUGGAGCGCAAUUGGGAGAGUGCAGAUUCAUCACGAACAGAAUUUCCGGAGCUUACAGGGAAGGUUGAGUCCGCAUCUACAGCCGUUCUGGUUGAAGCAGCACGACAGAGGAUUGAUGCAUACGAGAUCGCUGGGAGAGGAGAUGAUGAGAAGCUGAUACCUUCGCUGCACGCCUUUAUCGAUUAUCUUCCAGAAGGGGGCAGAGAGACGGUUGCGAGCGAUGUGGUUAAUUCCAUGUCGGAUCAAGCCUUAUGGGCGGUAUAUAACGAUCUGUUGACGGGGCUGGCUUUACCGAUGAAGUCACUUAGCAGGGAAAGUGCCGUCAUCAGCGAGGAAAUGGAAAUGGACGAUUUGGAUUCUCACGACCCGGCUUUCCAGGAGAUGUGUCUUCGUCGAGAUGGAAAACGUUGUGUUGUGAGUAAGGUACUCGAUACAAACCAUUGGGUGCAACUUGGCUGGCCUGUCGGUGUGGAUAAUAAAACACUUGAAGCUACGCAUAUAAUACCGUUGGCAUAUGCGUCAUACAAUUCCGAGGGCCCCGGACAACCUUGCGAUAGCUCGUGGGAUGUACUGUUUCGCUGCUUUCCGACCAUACAAAAUGCCGGAAUGAAUUCCGAUCGAAUUAAUGAACCAUUCAAUGGGUUGACUCUGCAGGAUAACAUGCAUGCCCGGUUUGGCAAGUUUAUGUUCGCAUUUCAGGCUACCGACACCGAACAUAUGUAUAAAAUCAAAACAUAUGCCAACUUCCCACCAAACGAACUAAGAUACCUGCCCGAGAGCCGACUAGUUAGAUUCCAGCAAGCGGAAGAUGCCAGUGAUCUCGCCCUUCCCGACCCAGUCUUUUUUGAUUGCCAUUUCCGAAUGGCUGAAAUACUAAAUGCUUCUGGUAUGGGAGAUAUAAUCGACCGCCAUUUUCAAGACUGGGAAUACUUGAAAGAAGUCGGUGGCAGAGGCUCACUAAGAGAGGAUGGAAAUACUAACGUCGAGUCUUUUCUGCGAGCGGGACUGUGGGCUUAUGACAAGGGAUGA